AUGGCCAUCUCACAAACAAAAUUCAGAUCAAUCAGUCUACCUUCGAGAUUAGAUCAAGUGAGCUCAAACAGUUUCGAAUCGGAAUUCGAGAAAUUGAAAUGCGGAUCUUCUAGCUCAGAUUCGAUUCAAUCCGGUCUCGUCGCGCUCGCGCAGCUCUACAAUUCGUUUGAGGAAUUCAGCCGGAAAUCAGGAGCUCAAUCGAUGGAGGAAUAUCUCUCGCAGUCCGUCGAUCUGCUCGACGCGUGCAGCGCCAUCAGAGAUUUGCUUCAGAUGAUGCGAGAAAACGUCCGCGUGCUUCAAUCGGCGAUGCGGCGGAAGGGAACGGAUUCCGCCGUCCAAAACGACGUCGCCGCGUACUUCUCCUUCAGGAAGAGGAUGCAGAAAACCGUCGCUAAAACCCUAAGAAACCUCAAAAAAUCGGAGAGCGUGAUCAUCAGAAGCGGAUCGAGCCAUUCGGUAAAUGCGGACGGCGAUUUCGGCUUCUUCUUCAAGCAAUUAGCUGGAAUCACGAUCGCGAAUUUCAGGAGCGUGCUGUUGUUCUUGUCGUACGCGGCGGCGCGGCCGGGCGGCUGGUCGCUGGUUUCGAAGCUGGUGGCGGCGAAAUCCGGAAAGGAGAGGAACGCUGUGAAUGAGGUUGAGAAUUUGGAUUUGGGGCUUCAGGGGAAAAUGAAGAGUGAUGUGCAGAAAAGGCUGCAAAUCGUUGAUGAAAUUAUUGAAGAAUUUGAGGGAGGAUUCGAGAGAUUGUUCAGGCAAUUGGUUCAAUCUAGGGUUACAUUGUUGAACAUUCUUACCGAUCAAUGA